CAACCACUGGAGGAUCAACAACCACUGCAGGAUCAUCAACCACUGGAGGAUCAACAACCACUGGUGGAUCAUCAACUACGGAAGGUGUGACAAGCACCGGAGAUUCAUCAAUAACUGGAGGUUCAGCCACAACUGUUGGUUCAACAAUGACUCAAGGGUCAUCAACCACUGGAGUUUCAACAACAACUGGUGGAUCGACAACUGGAGGAUCAACAGCUGGAGGGUCAACAACAGCUGGGGGAUCAACAACCACAGAAGGAUCAACUACUGGAGGGUCAGUAACAACAGGAGUGUCAACAUUAGAUGUGCAAUCAACAACCACUGGAGGAUCAACAGGAAGUUCAACAACAGGAGUAUCAACAACAACAGGAGGAUCAACAACCACUGGAGGAUCAACAACCACUGGAGGAUCAACAGGAAGUCCAACAACAGGAGUAUCAACAACAACUGGAGGAUCAACAACCACUGGAGGAGCAACAACCCCUGCAGGAUCAACAACCACUGGUGGAUCAUCAACCACUGAGGGUUUAACAGCUGGAGGUUCAACAACAACUGGAGGUCCAACAACCACUGUAGGAUCAACAACCACUGGAGGAUCAACAACCACUGGAGGAUCAACAACCACUGGAGGAUCAAUAACCACUGGUGGAUCAUCAACUACGGAAGGUGUGACAAGCACCGGAGAUUCAUCAAUAACUGGAGGUUCAGCCACAACUGUUGGUUCAACAAUGACUCAAGGGUCAUCAACCACUGGAGUUUCAACAACAACUGGUGGAUCGACAACUGGCAGUUCUACAACAACUGGAGGAUCAACAGCUGGAGGGUCAACAACAGCUGGGGGAUCAACAACCACAGAAGGAUCAACUACUGGAGGGUCAGUAACAACAGGAGUGUCAACAUUAGAUGUGGAAUCAACAACCACUGGAGGAUCAACAUCAACAGGAAGUUCAACAACAGGAGUAUCAACAACAACAGGAGUAUCAACAACAACAGGAGGAUCAACAACCACUGGAGGAUCAGCAACCACAGGGGGAUCCACAAUGACUGCAGGAUCAACAACCACUGCAGGAUCAACAACCACUGGAGGAUUAACAACCACUGGUGGAUCAACAACCACUGAGGGUUUAACAGCUGGAGGUUCAACCACAACUGGAGGUCCAACAACCACUGGAGGAUCAACAACCACUGGAGGAUCAACAACCGCUGGAGGAUCAACAACCACUGGAGGAUCAACAACCACUGGAGGAUCAACAACCACUGGAGGAUCAAUAACCAUUGGAGGAUCAACAACAACUGGAGUAUCAACAACCACUGGAGCAUCAACAACAACAGAAGUAUCAAUAACAACUGGAGGUUCAACAACCACUGAAGCCCCAAAAAUUACCCCUCCAGUUUUUGUUUUCACCGCAGUGAUAAUAGUGAUAUUUAUUCCUGCUUAUAAUGAUAAUACCUCACCCGAAUAUCAAGCACUUGAGAACGAAGUUGUGAUAACGUUUAACGCAAUCUACAAAGCUCAAUUUGGCGACCGGUUCAUUCGGACAAUUGUCAUCGGAUUCAGGAUCUCUGCGACUCGAUCGACCAAUACGGAAGCAGAAGUAGAGCUUGAGUUUCAGCCAACUACUUCGUCACAACCGAUCCCACAGGCUGACGAUGUUCGAAGUACCCUGGUCGAAGGACUGAACAACCCAAACAUAACCUCUAACCUCACUGUAGAUACGGAAAGCAUUACGAUCACACAAACUCCAACUACUACAACAACUACCAGUUCUCCAACGACUGCUGCUGGAUUACCAACAACCACUGGAGGAGAACCAAAUGCUCCUACUGCAGCCCCGACUGCCGCUGUGACGGCAUCCGCAGGGCCCGUUGCCACCGCUGCACCACAACUCACUUCCCGGCAGGUGGUGUUCAGAUCGGCAGGAGAAACCUUCACAAAUGAUCUAUUGAACUCAUCUUCUGCUGCGUUUAUUGCUCGGGCAACUCUCUUAAAAUCGCAACUCGAACCCUUUUUCAGUCGGAGUUUUGGCUCCUUUAACAGCAUAAACGUGGUAUCAUUCAGCAAUGGGUCGAUCAUCAACACCCUGAACGUUUGGUUCAAUUCAAACUCAGUUCCUGAUGGCCUUCAGAUUUUAAAUGUGUUCACCACUGCAGCGCAAAGCAUCACAGCCUUCAACAUUGAGACCAGCAGUAUAACUGUGCAGGGCCUAACAGUUUCAGUUUCAACCGGAGUCAUCCACAAGAGCAGCGUACUCACUGCAUUAGUGUUAGUGGCUCUAUCCUGGUGUCUCAGACAGAGUUAGUGUCGGUUUGUCCGUCUGCCUCAACCUUGGGAUGCACGAUAAAUGUAUAAUUAUAUAAAAAUGUCUGAUUAAUUAUCGGACCGACAGGAGGUGUUGAUAGGAUAUAUUGGGGUGUAUUAAAGAAGGUAUGCAUAGUCCAAAUUAUAUGUAAUAAAGGAGUUAAUGUAUGAUAAAUGUGACUUUCUCAGGUAAGGAAUUUAUACUGGAUGGGCGUUGAAGGAUAAGAAAUAUUUCCAUUGAUUCAAGUUAUCAGUGUGAUGCAUCUCGGCCUAUUCAUUUGGAUUAUUCAACCAUAUUGUAUUUUGUGAGAUUAUAUUGCCUUUAAAUACCAUUAUCCUUAUAAAUGAAGCCAUCGUUAUGUUUUUCUUUUUUAAUUUUUUGCACAAGUAGGAUCAUGCAAUAAAACGAAUAAUAACACACUUUCA